AUGUUUCUCUUGGUGUUGGCGCCUCCCACCUUUGACCUCCGUCUAGCCCCGCCCCACCGUCCAACGCUUUCCAGCGUCACCCAAACGAUGGAGCCCCUCAUCUUCGGCAAUCACACCUCGCCUGCCCUUGCCAGCAACAUUAGGUCCGGUGACCUUAGGGUCACUGCUUCUAUUGCUCAAAUUUACAAGCCCUAUGUCUUAUUAAGGUAUGUUUUUCUUGAUUCUAACUUCUCAAUGUUUUCGUUCUUCUAUAAGAUUCUCAUGGCUUAUUUACUUUCCAUCUUUGUGUUGUUAGUGUUUGUACUCCACGUUGCCUCUGAAUCCAUGAGAGAAGUACUAGAACAAAUCGAUGGAGAAGAAUUCACUGAGGAGUUGCUUUUCAGGCCACUUCCUGAUCAGAAAGCUCUUUCUGAUUUUCACUUCGAGAAUUUUUUGCUGCCAGCUAUCCCUUCAGGUCCUUCAUUUAGAGAUUUUGUUGUCUGGAAAGGGGAGACUGCAACUCCUACUCCUGCUCCAGCUUGGUCAAAUGAUUCUGGAAAGAUUGCAAGGCAUACUUCCUUAAGGUACAUUCUUAAAGAACAAGAGAAUAAAGGUGGUGGUUCUUCUGUUCAACAACAACAACAUCAAGUUGAUGCUAAGUUGAAGGCUGCAGUUGAGAAAGAGGUUGGUAGGAUAAGAGGUUUGGUUGGAUUAGCUUUUUCCACAACACAGAAGAUGAAUGAAGAUGUUAUGGUGAAGCCCUGCCAAUGACACAUAAACUAAAAGCUGGUUCAGUGGGACCCAAUGUGAAGAUGACAUGGAUUCAAUUCAAGAUGGAGAUGCUGAUGAAGAGGACUUUGGUGAUGAGGAUGAUGAAAAGAAAGAUCAUCAAGUAAUAGAUAUCCUUUUAGCAGAGAUCGAUAUAUAUGAGCUUUUUUCUUUCAAACAUUGUUGGGGAAGAAGGUUGAAACUUGCUCUUUGUGAAGAGCUUGAUGAGAGAAUGUGUGACCUAAAUCUUUUAUCAAAUUCUCACUUUUGGAGGUGGCCAUAAGAAAAGGAUCCACCAGGAACAGGAAAAACACAAACAAUUUUUGGGCUUCUUAGUGCCAUAUUACAUACCAACUGAGUAUCU